ACCGCUGUGUGUGUGCGCUAAAAGGCGAGCGGAGCGACGGCUGCGACGGAGACACGCCGGCGCUCACUGGCUGGAGGACGGACUGGAGGACGGUCGGAGGACUGCAGGUUACCGGAGGGGCUGUCCGCGUAGCGUCAAUGGCCACAGCACUUUGAUGAAAGAAGGAGCUGCCCGCCAGACUAACCCGUGUGUGCCAAAUGCGUCCUGCAGAUUUCGCGCAUUUGCCGUAGAUAGAUGUUAGAUGUUUGUCCGUGCAGCGUGAGUUCGUCCGACCAAUUUUUGGGUGAUCUUCAUUACUUGUUGGCUGCAGCCAUGAACGAAGACGACCAAGUACCCGACGACCUGUCUUUGGAGGAAAGAGACGAGCUGUUGAACAUACGGCGGAGGAAGAAGGAGCUGCUGGAUGACAUCGAACGGCUGAAGUUUGAGAUUGCCGAGGUGAUGAAUGAGAUUGAGCAUCUAACCUGUGUGGGGGAGAGCAAAACCACACAAAGGAACAAACAGAUUGCCAUGGGGAGGAAGAAGUUCAACAUGGACCCACAAAAGGGAAUCCAGUUUCUUUUGGAGAAUGAUCUUCUCCAGAACACCCCAGAGGACAUUGCACAGUUCCUGUAUAAAGGCGAGGGGCUCAACAAAACAGUCAUCGGGGACUACUUAGGGGAGCGGCACGAUUUUAACAUCAAGGUCCUACAAGCAUUUGUGGAGCUUCAUGAGUUUGCAGACCUCAACCUUGUUCAAGCCUUAAGGCAGUUUCUGUGGAGCUUCAGACUUCCUGGCGAGGCCCAGAAGAUUGAUCGUAUGAUGGAGGCGUUUGCCUCCAGGUACUGUCAGUGCAAUCCCGGCGUCUUCCAGUCCACAGACACCUGCUAUGUCUUGUCAUUUGCCAUUAUUAUGCUGAACACCAGCCUGCACAAUCCCAACGUCAGAGACAAGCCUCCAGUGGAGCGUUUUAUCUCCAUGAACCGAGGGAUCAAUGAAGGGGGAGACCUCCCAGAGGAGCUACUCAGGAAUCUAUACGAUAGCAUCAAGAGCGAACCCUUUAAAAUCCCAGAGGACGAUGGGAAUGACCUGACGCACACAUUUUUCAAUCCGGACAGAGAAGGCUGGCUGCUCAAAUUAGGUGGUCGGGUGAAAACCUGGAAGAGAAGGUGGUUCAUCCUCACGGACAACUGCCUCUACUACUUCGAAUACACAACUGACAAGGAGCCUCGUGGGAUAAUCCCGUUGGAGAAUCUGAGUAUCAGGGAGGUGGAGGAGCCCAGGAAACCGAACUGCUUUGAGCUCUACAACCCCGGUCACAAGGGCCAGGUGAUCAAAGCCUGCAAGACGGAGGCAGAUGGGCGCGUCGUCGAGGGGAACCACGUGGUGUACAGGAUUUCAGCUCCAACGCCGGAGGAGAAGGAGGAGUGGAUUAAAUCCAUCAAGGCCAGCAUUAGCAGAGACCCCUUCUACGACAUGUUGGCCACCAGGAAGAGACGCGUCGCCAACAAGAAGUGAAGGGGGUCACCCCAGAACCCCUCCAUGUAUACUAUGCGUGCGAUUCACCACCAGAAAAGGACUUCAACCUUGAAGACAAACCUCAUUUUCUUCCCUGGACUUGUAGAUGACAAGUGUUGGGGAGGCAUCACACACCACCGAGGAGCGGAGCGGAGUUCCAGGGAACUCAGAUAUGUGGUCUUGGCUCUAGCAUGGAGCAGCGUAACGACCAACCAGCCAGUUUGAUUCCCUUCCAUCUCAUUCACAACCCCCUACCUCCCCCUCUCAUGGUCAUACUAAGAAGCUAAAGCACAACUGCCACGUUUUCAGGUGCCACAUGCAUGCGGGUGUUCGUAGACCAAUGUGAUUGUGUGUUUGUGUGUGUGCAGCAGUGUGCAUGCUAUCAGUGCACAUGGCGCCUACAGUGCGGGUGCAUACGCAGCCGCUCGCUCCACUGUGCAUUAUGAAAUCGUCGUAAUUCAAAAUCCAGAUGAGUGGUCGUCUCUGGAGCAAGGAGACGAGGAGAGGGGGCGGUGGUCGAAUCAGUGGAGUGCAACCUCACCUGGACCAUCAUCAUCCCACUGCGAUGCUGAAUCCCUCUCUCCGGGGCGCCCACGGCUGUAGCUGUGAAGCUCAGCGUAACCUCAGAAAAAGCUGGCUUACCUAUCAAAGCCUUUCAGUCAGCUGAGCUGAUUCCAUUUAUUUGGGUGCAGUAGAGAUUUUUUAAAAUGUGCAUACUUUUAUUUUACUUUUAUUUUAGUUGAGUAGCUAACGUUUCAGAUUUAACUGGGUUUUGACUCUGACUCGUAAUCCCUAAGAUUUAAGGUGCUGGUUGAUUUGAUCAAGCCUUCACCCGCAUCAAAUACAAUAAAAGAGAAACAGUAAAGCCCAAUGAGCUUUAAUAACUGACCGUUUCUGGCCUUCUCAUUGGUUUGCUGACAACCAAUCAGAGGGCUCCUGCUGUUUGUCAAGCCCCCUCCUACAUUACCUUUGCUAGGUUAACGAUAAGAGGGUCUCUUCAUAAACAAAAACAUUGAAAACCUGUAAAAUUAGCAGUUAACCAUGUAAUUGCGAUUCUUCACAAACCUAACAAACAUAAAGUUGAAAGGUGCGGGCACAAUGGAGGUAAACCAAACAGUAAACUGGUGACGAGACUAGUUUUCCGAUGUCUUCCAACAUUAGCGUGGCUGCUAACAUUAGCUCUCUCUCCUCCAUGUCACCGCUAAUAAUUUCAGAUUUCCAAGGUUUUCCUUUUGGAAUAAAUCCCCACAUUGCUAUUGUUUGUCUGACCUAGCAACAGUAACACAGGAAGUCGAGACUUCUGGUUGGUGGUAAGCGGACCAAGGCCAACAGAAGGUCAAUUGCAAUUUCCGCACACCCUUAAGAUUUUUGUUGGGCGAUGGGACCACACUUACUUGGUCAAUCUCUAUCGUUGUACAGUCUUCAACAAAACAACUCUAGCGAAUAGUAGCGUAAUGUGACACACAUGUUAAUCUGGCUACAAGCUAAUGCAUAAGAAUGCAUACCAUAUAAACUAUAACUUGGAAUCCAAUUCCAUUUAUAUCUUGGGGAUUAUGACUUUAAAAGAGCACUUUCAUUUGAGAAAGUAUAUGUCUGUGCAAUGGCCCCAUUAGGUACCAGCCAAAUUGAGUAUUUUUAUUCUUGUCAGCUGCUGAUAUUAGUGAAGGUCAUUGUGUUGUUGUGAACCUGUUUGCAUUUGGUUUGUACUACUCUUUGUACUAAAAGAUCCCUUGCUUGCUUUUGUGUUCCACUUUUAAUAACAAACAAAAAAAUCAAAUGAUGUAUUAUAACUAUAGUUUUUCGUAUUUAUUUUUCUUUCGUGAAAUGGUUUCAGUUUCAUUUACUACAUGUAAAUGUGAACGACGUAUGCUUAAGUUAUGUCUGUAUGUAUAUAUAAUGUAUAGGUUUCCAGUCUCUUUGUUGUAGUAUGCACACUCUUUAAUAUGUUUGAGCCAAGCGGCAGAAGUUUGCAUCAGCUGAAGUUUUGGGGUCUCCUUUACAACAAGCCUUAAAAACAAGUAAACUAUUAGAAAUAUAUGAUGAUGAUGAUGAUGAUAAUGAUGAUGAUGAUGAUAACAAUAUUGGUCCAUAACUGUGACAAAACUAAAAAGCCAUGACUGAUGAGUGAGAAAGGUGGAUGUAUUUAUGAUGAGGAAGAUUAUAGUGAAAAUUAUGUCUGAUGAUAUGUCAGUGACAAUAUAUAUAAUUGAAGAUGAUGUCAAAAAAAAAAGAAAAAGAAAAAGCGCCUGUAGUUUUCUAUGUACUGUAACUGUAAAAUAAAAUGCCCUGCGUUCAGGGCACAGCAUUAUCUUCUACUGCCCUGUGUCGGGCUCACAGUUACAUUAACUUUUAUAUUCUCUAUAAAAGCUAUUGAUCAUGUUGUAUACUACGUGUAUCUGCAUAAACUAUACAUAAAGCCUAUAGCAGAUU